GAGACGUCGCCUACAAAUGCGCAACAUUGAGAGAAUCUGAACUUUUUUCACAGCAAUAUGUAGUGAUUUUUUCAUUUUCUCUCAAUUUUUAAAUAUUGAAGAAAUUGAAGCAUUUGACUCUUGGAUUUGUCCAUUAUUUUCCCUUCAAAUUGCCCCGAGAGGUGGACAGGUGGGGGAAAAAGCCAUGGAUUCGUGGCUAGUGAAGUGAUGAUGGCACACAACAACUUCUCCGUAUUUCUUUUGAUUCAUUUUUAGCAGCUGUGCUUGCUUGUAUUUGAAAUCAUGGGUCAAGCCCAGAGUGACGCGGAUAAGGAAGUGACUCUCCAACACAUCCAGGAGCUCUACCGCAAGUUUGCAAACGAAUGUCCGAGUGGGAAUCUGCACCUGCACGAAUUCAAGAAAAUCUUUGGAAUCAACCACAACUCCACAGCAGAAGAAUCUGCGUACACAGAAAAUGUGUUUCGGUCCUUCGACACCAAUCAGGACAGUAUGUUGGACUUUAUGGAGUACGUGGCGGCGGUGCAUCUGGUCCUUCGUGGGAAACUGGAGGACAAACUGAAGUGGUCUUUUAAAGUUUAUGACAGAGACGGAAACGGCUGUUUGGACCGAGAGGAAGUGAGACACGUCGUUAAAAUCAUCAACGCAAUAAAGAAGCACAACGAUCCAAGCAUCAUAGGGGAUAUCGAGGACAUCUGUGACCGGAUAUUUAAUUCAGUGGACAAGAAUAACGACAGCCAGAUUUCUUUGCAGGAAUUCAUCGAGGGGUGUGAGAGGGACCCCUGGGUGAUGGACCAGCUCAAGCUGGACAUCCAGCCCUGUGGUUGGUUCAUUAAACAGCAGCAGAAGAAUCCUUGACUUCAUGAUGUUUUAAUGAUAACUGACUGGAGACUGAGUGACAGUGAUGCUCCGCCUCCAUUGCUCCGUCUGCUGUUUACACACAGAAACCUCAGCGAGGACAUCUUCGGUUGUGAGACGUCCCGACUGCUCGGAGAUGCAGGACGCAGGAUUUUGAACUCAGGAAGCUGUGGACUUGAAACCCUGGUUUGCUUUGGUACAUCAUCGGCAGGAGGUAUUCAGAGUGGAUGAAAGCGUAAAGCCAAUAAUCUGCUUAUUUUCUAUUCAGUAUAAUUUGAUUAAAGAGAACACCCUCUAAGCCUUCUCACUCAGUCAUUACAAGAUAAAAGAACCGGGCUGUGGGCAAAACUCCCAAAUGAAUUCAGCUGAGAAGAGAUUAAAAACUAUUUGAUAGUUUGGUCUGGAACACGUUAACGCCUCAAAGCUUCUAGAGGAAAAUCUAUUGCCAUUUUUCUUUUUUAAUCAAAUUGAAGAAAAACAAAUCCUAACAGAUCAGUAAACAUACUCAUGAUAGCUACUGGAAGGUGGAGAAAAAUACUUUAUCAUUGGAAUUGUUUCAUAUAGACCCUGUACACGUAAGCAUGGUGAUAAUAAACCUCUGAUCAAUACAAACGGGUCAAAAGCUCAUCAUAACAAAUGAGAUGAUGAUAUUUGAUGGUGUCUUCUCCACACAGAGUUUUCACAUGUGACCUGUUCUCAGCCUUCAAGGCUCUUAACAUAAUACCCUUUACUUCACAGAGACCCCUUAUUUGGGUUCGCUCUGUUCAUGUCUGUCAUACAGUUGGUUGAAGCCUGCUGUGAAUGUGUACGAGACGUGUUUACAUUCUAGAAUGUUUAAUUUACUACUUUCACUGAUGGUGUUAUUUUAAGUUAUUAAUGAUCUUAUGAUUUCAAUUUUCUGCAACCAAACAUGCAUUUUUUGUG